CCCCCACUACAAUGGGAACCACAAUAGGAAGCCUUUCAUAAGCUUGUGAGCUUAGAGAAUUAACCUUUAUCUUUAACACAUUUAACACAUGGAACGGUGGUAAAUCUCAACCUACUUUCCCAGCUAUCUUUCUCCAGGUUACUUUUAGGGUAAUACUCGGAAUCAAAGGAAAAUACGGUUAAUUGAUAAUAUUCGAGAAUGCGCUUCGCUCGUCUCGUACACGAUUUUAUUUUAUUUUUUGGUCGCUAGUACAUUUCUAUGAUUCCCUUCUCACUUACUUCGAUUGUAUUAGUCUGAUAUAAUCUCUUCUCUUUCCUCAUCUUUACGAACUUAUUAAUCAGUCGCCCCAAAUACUGUCGCAGUUGCCGUCCUCCUCCCGUCGCUACCGUCGCAAUGUCGACUCCGAUGCGCCACGGCCCUUCCCAGCAGGGUCGUACGCCCUCCCAACAUCCAGCCGCGGCUCCUACGCCUCAAGCCUCAACACCCUUCUCGACUUCCCAAAACGCCGCGGUUUUCUCUCCUCGUGGGCCUAAGUCGUCGCCGCAGCAGUUUAAGAAAUCUCCGGCAACUGGGACCUCGGGUACUAUGAUCGGUACUGCUAGUUCAACAGCAAACUUCGAUAGUCCAUCCGCUGCUGCUGCUUAUAACACUUUAGGAAUGGCCAUAAACGAUCUCAACUUAGAUAAUAUCAGCGUUGGAGGACUAGUUGCUGCUGCGGGACGAACGGACGAAGAGGAUCGAAAAAAGAGAAUGGAGGCUGUCAUUGCGGCCCUUUGGGCCCAGAAUAGCAGCAGAGUGAGCAACCAGGGACUAGAGAGGUUGGCUAUUCACCUUAAUCUCGAGUGUCUAUGGGAAGAUAUCAAAGGUGCCGGCGAGAAUGCCAAGACUCUGAUCAUAGCAGGACAGACAGUGGCUGUCGAAGUCGGUAUUACUAAUCACAUCGUACACCAGGCCGCUUUGGUGUAUACAGACUCUAUACCAAUCGUUGACAAGCACGUUGACAAGGCGUCGGCUAUCCUUCUGAAAGAUCUCUCGCUCGCCCCUGGCCAGAGUCCCUUGACCAAGAGACUUACACAAUUCCGAGCAAAUCUUGAGCGCCUAGCUAACUUAGAUAAGCUGAGCGUCUCUCCAGGUCUUAACUGCCACGAAGCUAUAGCAGGCAUCUGGGAGAGCCUAGAGAGACUUCACCGAUGGGAUGUACAGAAGCUUCGCGAGGAUCCAUCCCUGAGUGAUAUAUCCGACGAAAACCUAAGAGUUUAUGCUCUUUGCCUUCGCCAUGGAUGUCCCCUCAUGCAUACUCGGGGUCGGAUCGGCUUAAGCCUCGACUACUGGAAAGAGAGAAGAAAACUCAAGUCUACAACAAUAGAUAGCGAAGACGCCCAAACGUGGGGGAUUUUGAUCGAGUGUGCAGCUUCCAAUAGCAUGGUCUAUAACAGCCCGAUACGGGUGUCUGACAAAUGGAUUGGAGACGGAAUCGAGAAAUCCAACCUCACGGACGAGGAAAUGAUAUCAGCUACUGGUCCAGUUUUGGAUUGGAUAGAGCCGCCUAACACCCUUUUACCGUCCUCGGAAGAGUCAAAGGAACAUGGGCUUGAAGGUCCUGUAGGCCUAUCCGGUCUUAAGCCACCUGAUGUCGUAUUUAUGGCGACCUUUGACCCACCGGUGGUAGUCUCGCAUGCUGUUGCAUUAGAGAUUUAUAAGAUUUCGGCAACCAAUGCACCCCUAUCAAACAUGACAUUUGACGCACUGAUAUUUCCCAUCGUUAACGGCAGCUCCUACGACCCUAGCGAACCGCGCGAGGUGGUAUUCACACAGACAGUUCCCACAUUUAUCAACAAUAUCCAUGGCGAGUCUCAGCUAGAGCCUGUAUUAAAAGCGCACCGUAACACACUAUUCAUAUAUAAGCCAGUCUACGGGCAAGUCCUCAGCCAAAUUCCGUUCUCGCAUCCGAAGGAUCUAGUCAUGCUGCUCCCUGUGCUCCGCCAAUAUUCCUUCCUCUCCCUCCUCCUAGCCAACAGCUUUAAAUCCAAGGGCGACAAGCCCACCGCAAAAGAAGCAGACGAGGACAAUGACGCUCGCUUGUCGCGUACCAAGCACAACGAGUUCAACGACUUCAUGGCGCGACCUGAUACGAAGAGCUCCGCUGAUAAGGCCCUUAAAGUCGAUAUUACUCUCACGGCUCACCCCGUCCCCCGCCUCGCGCUCGUGUUCCCAUUUAAAGCGCACACAGCCCACAUCCUUAUCGAGAUCCAGCUCGGGGGCCGUGUACACAUCGUUACGGAUAAUAUCUUCGACGGUGACAUGGGACAUAUCGGGGGGAAUAUCGGUAAUAGGAAGAGGCUGAAGAGCGAUUGGGAGCAUGCACUGGAGACGAUGGAGGAUUUGGGGGCGUGGAUUGAGGUUAUUAGACAUACGCUUGAGUAAGGGGAAGAUAGGGGGAUGUGCGAGUAGGAAAGAAGAUGGGAUUAAUAGGAUAGGAUAGGUGGGUUUAGUAGGAUAGGAUGGAUGAGGCGUGGGUGGAUUGUAAUAAUAGGAUGGGGAUGGAGGUGAAGUUUAGUUACGACGGAGAAAGAGGAGGAGGAGGAUUAUGAGUGCAUGUAUGGUUAUGAUACCCCCUUUUCUUACAUACGUCCCUGGCAGAGCAGAGCAGAGCAGAGCAGGGUUAGGUACCUGAGUGAAAAACUGCCUCGUAGGGCCGGGACGGCGGUAGGAAGGAAUUACGAAAAUGGAUAAUGCGUUUGCCUACCUAACCUAAUACAUGCUAUGCUGUUUUA